GCCACGUCCGAAUAUUUACAAACAAUCGCUUUUCUUUAGCGAGUGGAACAUUUUGUGUACUAUAAUCCCUCCUCUGUGAAACGCGGAAGCGGACGUAGUAGGCAUUUCUUACGUAAUUGACAAGUUAGCAGUCUGACACAAUAAUAGCGUUAGCAUAAAAGAAUUCAAAGAGUUCCCUCAUUUUUACCCUCAUUUUUCUCUCUAGUAAUCCACGUAUCCUCUUUGCACAGUGAUCGAGUUCUAGUUGUUCAUCAAGACAUUAGAAAAUUGAACCAGUGUUUUCUAAAUACCGGAGGUUAUCAACUGUAUUGCGUGAACGAUACUUACGGUUACAGACCCACACAUUAUUCUGAUCAAACUUGGAAAGGCUCUACUCUCGCGUUUAGCACACUGCCAGUCUACUCUCUAAAUAAUUUAUCCACUUCCAAAACAGUUUCGAAGUGCUGCAUUCUCGCAGUCCAUUAACCGGCUGCAGUUAGCUUUUAACCACACGGGUAAAAAAUUUAAGAAAAUGUGUUUUUAAACAGACAGGGCGAUAAGGAUUUGUGCAACUGUUGGAAAGGGUCAUAGACUCCUUCUCUGCUAACACUACAGUGCAGGACUACAUGUAAGACCACGGAACAAUCAUACACACUAUUACGAGUUAUUCAGUGGCUGUGGAGGUUGACAGUUGAAUUCUGGGCACCAUUUAUCGUGACAGUGUACUCACAUUCCAUAAUACGCUGUUGUAGACAUUGGGCACUUGUUCUGUGGCACUCGAACAACGUUCGACUGUGCGAGAAUAAACAAAAACAAAACAAAAAAAACCAUACGGUUUUCGGAGAGUUCGUCGGGUAUAGAUGCUAUUAAUUAUACUCCGUGUUUUAUUUAACGUGAUAGAGUCUUAGACUCUUAGAGACUAUUUAAUUUGUUGAUAAAUGUCGCCCAGUUGUUCUCUAUAGCUCGUACAGUGCUUGACUGUGUGAGAAUAAACAAAAACGAAACAAAAAACCAUACUCUUUUGAAGAGUUCGUCGGAUGUAGAAGCUAUUAAUCAUACUCCGUGUGCUGUUUAACGUGAUAGCGUCUUAGACUCUUAGAGACUGUUGAAUUUGUUGAUAAAUGUCGCCCAAUUGUACUCUAUAACUCGUACAGUGCUCAACUUCAUCAGAAUCAUUCAAAAGCCGGAUCCUCUGCGAAGCGACCAUCACUUGUGGAAGUUCCGUGUGGCGUUUGUCAGGGCAGAGUAUUGACGAUCGAGGCAUUCCUUAACUGUUCGUAGGAGUUGCCUGAUUUAUUUGCAUAGCGCUGGUGCGACUCCUUAAAAAGGCACGUAAUUUUCGAAGUGUUGAUCUGUAGAGGAUGUAAAUAUUAUGUGUGUUGUCUGUACAGACAUUUCCUUUCGAGAGAAAGAAACCUGAGGGAACGGAUUAGAAAGUGUGACAUUAUAGAAAGCCGGAUCAUCUGUGAAGCGACCAUCACUUGUGGAAGUUAUUCCUAUUCCGUGAGGCGUUUAUCAGGACAGAAUAUUGACGAUCGAGGCAGUCAUUAACUGUUCUUAGGAGUUGCCUGAUUUAUUCGCACAGUGCUGGUGCGACUCCUUAAAAAGGCACGUAAUUUUCAAAGUGUUUAUCUGUAGAGGAUGUAAAUAUUAUGUGUGUUCUCUGUACAGACAUUUGCUUUCGAGAGAAAGAAACCUGAGGGAACGGAUUAGAAAGUGUGACUUUAUAGAAGGAAUUUCUAAGACAGUUCAACCGGCCGCGCACCGUUGAUAUUACUGCGGAAGCGUAAUAGCGUCUACGUUAGUUUGUGACGUGUACUGUCGAAUGCUGAUUUCUGAAACAGCGUGUGAUAUCGAACAGAAGUGUAUUCAUUAUUGGUCGCUGACGUUCAGCUGUUACGGAUGAGCGUUGGUAGGGUUCUACACUUUGUGACACUGUAGGGCAUCCGUCCCGCUUUAGCUGAAGCAGUGGUGGCAUGUAGACGGAGCCUGGAGCAAAUGACCGAGUGUCGGCGUUCAGCAAUGGGAGCCAGAGCGUUUUUGGCGGGCCGCCUGGUUGCGGUGUUGACGGCGGCGGUGGCCGGUGCGCUGUCGGGGGCGGAAGCGGCGGAGCCCCUGCCGGAAGCCGCGCCAGGCUUGGACGGCAGCAACGGCAGCAACGGCAGCGGGGGCGGCAGCGCCGGCGGGGGCGGAGCGCGCCCCGCCGAGGACUACGAGAUGUACGACUACAGCUGGAGCGAGUCGCACGCCAUCUUCAACUGGAGCGAGCUGGCGCCCGCGCUUCUGGUGUACGGCGCCACGUUCGCGCUGGGAGUCGCCGGCAACUCGCUGAUCAUCUUCACGGUGUGCCGCUACCGCCGCAUGAGCACCACCACCAACGUCUUCCUGGCCAGUCUCGCCUCCGCGGACCUGCUGCUUAUCACCGUCUGCAUCCCCGUCAAGAUCUACAUCUACAUGAUUUAA